AGAGAUUUGUUGACAUCACGUGAUCAAAGAAACCUUAAAAAUGGACGCAACACUGACUCGAAUGGAUACUACUUUCAGGCGAACUAUGACGUCUGUUACUGAUAUUCUUUUUCCAGUUAACAAAGAAAAAGAAGAAAUAAGGCAGCAAAUAUUAAGGAAAAACCAUGAAUAUGUCACAAAUCUUCCACUUCAGAUGUUGUUAUACUUCAACUGCUUUUACUUUCCAUUUUGGUUUAUCGGGAGCUUGGUCAUAUUGGACCUUAAGUGGCAGCCUCUUGAUGAACUGUACAGAAUAGUUUUGGUAGCUAUUUAUAUUGUUUACUUUAUAAUAGAGAUCGUUCGCCUCUACCUUGGAUAUCUAGGAAACUUAAUGGAAAGGGUUCCAGAACUUGCAGGCAGUUGGUUACUGACAUUGCUUCUGACCACUCCAUUGAUUUUGCUUCUUCUUAUCAAUGAUAAUGCAAUAGUUCUUCCUUUUGAACGAGCUCUGCAUAUUAUUAUGACUAUCAUGGUGAUACUUGAAGUUAUCAUUGGAUACUUUGCUAUACGAGCGAUGGUGAAUUAUCAGGUCACCAAGUAUCACCUGCAACAAUUUACAGAUCUUGAAAACAUUGAUCAAAGUGGAAGCUAUUUCCCUGAAACCCGUUACACCAGCUAGCCAGAAAAAAUGUAUCAUUUAGCACUUACAAGAUAUAGUCAUUAUAAUUAAAAUACGAAAUUAGUUUACAGAAGGCGUUGACUUUAAUAGGAAAUGAAAUCACAUAAAACAUUGAUGCUUGCGACCUUAGGGACUCGUUAGGGAACCAAAAGAUCUUAUGAUUUUUCUGAAUUUAUGUCCUCAUGUUUAAAUGAACAUAUUGACUAUGGUAUAUCAAACUGAUGUAGGCUUAAUAAAAGUGUCUCUAAUUAGAAAUCUGCCACUGUAUGAGGCAUAGAAUUGGGAGUAAAAAACUUUUUUGUGAUGAUUUUCCUUGGUAGUAGAACAAUGCUUGGAGACAUUUAACUUCCAAAGAACUUUACCUUUUUUGAUUAAAACUAUGAGGUAGCAGUGAACUGAACUUACAUAUUGAUUGGAAAGCAUUAUAGUCUUCAGAAGACAUGUGAAGCUUUCUUUAAAUCUUGAACCCACCUUUUGUUUUUG